UCAGCUUAUUUCCGCCAUCAGGAAAAAGAUAAACAUAGCAGGCGAAAGGACUGAAGAAGAGACAGAUUCUCGCCCUCAAGCUCAUUUUGGCGGAAGGAAAACCUGCCAGACGUUGACAUAUUUCAAGAUUAUACCUGCACUUGUGUUUGCACGAGCUGACAAGCUGUGAAGGUACGGCUGCCCAAUGAUUCCAAACUGAAAACAUUCUUCUGAUGUGUACAAGAGACCAACAAUUGUCCAUCUAACAAUCCCAGUGACUGUGAAUUCACAGCCCAAACAGAGUCGUCAGUGGCCUAGUCCGCAGCAAGAUACAUCUCCAGGAUCAAGCUCACCAUCGUGAGGCCCAAAUCCAGCAUCACCAGCAUAGGUCUAGAGACAGAAGAACCUCAUCCAUCGGUUCCGAAUUUCUUCCCUCUGUCUUGGUGAAUCUGCCUCCCUGUGGUGUGAGUGGUUGCGCUGACAAUCAGACUGGCCCCCCUGCCCCCCCACGACUAGCAGACUGGCCCUCCUCCUAACUCCCCUGCUGCACAGCCAGGGUCCAUGUCUGUCAGCUCGAGGCAGGAUGGUGAAGACGUUCCAAGCCUAUCUUCCCAGCAAGUGUCACCGCACAUACAGCUGUGUCCACUGCAGGGCGCACCUAGCAAACCAUGAUGAACUCAUAUCAAAGUCGUUCCAAGGCAGCCAAGGCCGGGCGUAUCUGUUCAACUCAGUUGUUAACGUCGGCUGCGGACCAGCGGAGGAGAGGGUGUUGCUGACGGGGUUGCAUGCCGUUGCGGACAUCUACUGCGAGUGCUGCAAAACCACACUGGGCUGGAAAUACGAACAUGCAUUUGAAUCUAGUCAGAAGUACAAGGAAGGGAAGUUUAUCAUCGAACUGGCACACAUGAUCAAAGACAACGGAUGGGACUGACUCUCCCCCCCCUCACACACCCCCUCAUCAUAGGUCAUGUGAUCUGUUACCAUGGUUACAGUGUAUCGGUGUACCCGUGUCAAGUAUGAUCGUGUGACCCUCCACAUGAUUGGACUGUCUUGAUUGGGAGGAACACAAGACGGUUUAUUGUGAGUCAAUGGUGGCAUGUGUCCGCAACUCGAACUGAAUCCACGUAGAGCUGAUUCUGGAAGAGACCAGAUCCCGAGUUUGAGACCCGUUUUUAACAUGGCAGACAUCUUUGUACUGUCUGGAUGUCACGUGAGCAGUGUCGGCUUUCGGAGGAAAUGUCAAGAUUACCUUCAGACCUUUUUGUCGUCUGCAUAUUGUGAAGUACUUUUUAAUCCUCACUUGUAGACAAAUCUUUGUGAAUGUACUUUCGACAGGCUUACAGUGCGUUUUAAGAUUUGUCAUCCAGUUCCUAAAUCUGCAGAACUUGACCUUUUCAGUCUGAUUUUCAUUGGAACCUCCUUAUGUUCAUAGGUUCUAGGGGUGUCAUGAUACGUCUACCUCACGUUGAAUCAAAUCAAGAUAAUCGAGUCACAAUAUGACGAAUAUCGUGAUACUCAAGUUCCGCUGUUUUUUUGUGAAGUUUUCCACGUGGCCUGUUUAACAAUAUGUUGUUGCUAGCAACGAGGUUGUGUGUAAUUCACAUUUAGUUACUUCAGGCGUGUUCUGAAAGUAUGUUAAUUAUGUUAUCAGAUUAACGCUUUGUCUUGUUAUAGAUAUAAAUUUAAGGCUAGCCCUGUUAAUUACCAGGAUGAGUUGUUGCAAAAUUUGUAAAUAUUACUUUAAGAUUUAUAUAGAAUUAUUGAAUGAAUCAAUCUAUGGGUAGGCGUAUCAUGUAUCGUAUCAUCGGAUAUAAAUUCACAAUGUAAUACAUUGGUGAAGUAUGACACCCCAAAUAGAUUCACAAAACAGAAUCAUUUAUCUUUACAUGAAGGAUUUCGUACAGUUCAGCUGAAAAGGUUGAUAUACGAAGAAGUUCAACGGUUUCAACGAUGCAGAUUAAGCAAGAGGCCUGGUACGUGAAACUAUGUUGGCCUUGGCGGAGAAAACUUCACUCUGGACUCACAAACUCGGAUCAGCUCGUUAACUUAUUCCUCGACAACCCCAGUGGGAGACCCUAGGGAGUUCCAUUGUGCUAAACGUUUCAAUUAUCUGUGAUUUUUUUCUUGACAAAUGUUGUACAUAUCUAUAGUAGCAACUCAGUGCUAUUCUUGUCAUCAAUAGUCUACAGCUGUCAGUGCAGUGUCAGUUGCCACGGUAACAGUCGUAUUGUUAGUCAGUCUGCACGGUGCAUGGUCGGCCAUUUUGUUUGUCAUGGGUGCUUUCAGUUUAACAGCUUGGCCAUUAUGUCAUAGAGCAAGUUUUAUUUGGUGACAAAUUUAGUGUCGAUAUGAAUAUGAAUAUUGUUUUUCAUUUAGAAAAUGAAGUACCAAAACAAUUAUGCAUAUUUCUCAGUGUAAAUAAGUUUAUUUACUGACUGAUGACAGUUUUCCAUAACUGACAUAUACAAAAAAAUUAUUAAUCUGCCAAAUAUUGAAAUUUAUUAAUGGUCAUAGACUAUGAAGUUUAGCAUUAUUUGAGUACCAUGUUAUACUCUAUUAUAAGAUAUUUUGUAGUAAUAUUUUCAAAAGUUUCAUCUUCAAGGUGAAAGGUUACACACUUACAGACCAUGAUCCAUUAUUGGUCAGGGAUGGAAAUUAGCUCGAGCAUGGACACGUAAUAUAUAUAUUUAGGGUCCAUGUCUCUAGCCCCCUCCAACCCUACCCCAGUUUUGUUAAUGUAAGAGGUAUCUUAAGAGCAAGCAGAACUGCAAACAUUUUUGGGGGUAUUGCUAUAUAUUGUCACUAUUGGGGCAGGUAGACGUUCUUGGUUGAUUUCCAUCCUUGUUGGAUACAUCCGUGUCGUGCAGGGCUGACUGUAGUAUUUCUCAAUUAGCGUGAGCAGGUUUUACACCGGUAAGAUCUGUGUUCUAAGCUACAUCACUUCAUCGUUACACAAGCCAACGCUUGUGCAUCUUUGUACACGUGAAUCAUAUGGGUCUGUUGGACAGCAUUCACAAAACUGACUCUUCAUGCCAUAAUCAUUAUCAUCAUCAUAAUCAUCACUUGUCAUGACCACCAUUUUCAUCAGUUUCCGAAUCCAGACUCAUCUUUAUUUCAUCAUAACAGUCAUCAUCACAUGUUUGCCAUUCUCAUUAUAAUACGAUAUCCAAAUUUUAUCUCAUUUCACUCGCAAUCAUAUUCAAUCCUUCAUCGCAGACAAGCAACAGAAAUGUCAUAAAACACCACUAUGAGUAAUGUAAUUAAUAACUUCCAGCCAAGUCAGUAUGCUAGAAUAGGAUUUAAUUUGUUUGUACUUUGAGUUCCUUUGAAGCUUGACAAUACUAAUCGUGCUAAUGGAGGUUUUCUUUGUGAUAUGCCUUGGUAACGUGCUAGGUGAUUGGGAGUCGUUUCAUUAGUCACCCUGUCGUAGUUUGUGGAGGAUGCUUUCGUCAGUACUUCACUGGUUGUAUGUAUUCACAGAUGGUGAAAUGAAGUGCGUACAAAACUGUGACGUAUUGCUCACGGUGUACUGUAAAUCUGGAAAGUUUUGCAAGCAGGAUGGUACGUCGAAAACUAUGUGUAACACACACUCGCAAUAGCUUCAUGACGCAGUUAUAUUUGCAGACCAACACCUAACAAAAAACAUAAGGAUGCAUAUUUCGCUUAUUCACUUCACAUUGUCAAACAAGCCAGAACAUGAUUAUAUCAAUAAUCCCUAACAUCUUGUUAACUUAUUAUCCAUUGUCACGCUCAGGAAAGUUCACUAACCUGACACACCUUGUCAAUUUCCUUACGUAACACUGUAGUCCAGACAUCACUAUCCUUUUGUUAGAUAAACAUGCUACUUCAACCUUCCUUGUCAACAGGGGCGGUCGGGUAGCCUAGUGGUUAAAGCGUUCGCUCGUCAUGCCGAAAACCCGGGUUCGAUUCCCGACAUGGGUACAAUGUGUGAAGCCCAUUUCUGGUGUCCCCCGCCAUGAUAUUGCUGGAACAUUGCUAAAAGCGGCGUAAAGCCAUACUCACUCACUCCUUGUCAACAACAACAAUGCAUGUAUCUGUAGUUAAAACAAACGCUGACCGACACUUUUCAUCCCGCUAGUUCCACUCAAGAACAAUAACACAUGCAAAAGCAACCCUCAUCUUUGGUAAUCUCAUCGUCAUGGUGACGCAGUUAUGGCUAUUGUUACCCGCUCGCAAUAAUUUAUUGGCGCAAAACUUUUCGGAUUUACGGUAAUACACACUUGGGUAUAAUACUUGCCCCUACACUGUAUCUUAUUGAAGUGUUCAUUAUAGACCGGGAAGUACAGUAGUACGACUGCACCUACCACUAUGGAGAAAGGGUAUAUGUGUUGUAUAUAUUGUCAAUAUUUCGUCAUCCGUGAAAAUAAUUGAUACAUUAGCAGUGAUAGGGC